CUAGGAAUGGCCUCUAAUGCACUAUAAUGUCCUGGCACACUGAGGAAUUGUUGUACAGCGUGAUCGGUGAUGGUAAAAAUGGCCUCUUGUAGCGUUCCUUGCUACAGUGAAGCUAAAUGAGUCUUACUGAAGGUGCUCUGCUCUUUGACCAAUAGGGAGUUGAGAGGAUGUAAUACAUUGUCCAGAAUGGAUAACAGUUUAGUUACUCUUCAUCUUUCCACAACCACCUCCAAAUUGUCCAGGGAACAUCCCAGGACAGAGAAGUUUUCUUUAUCUGUUUACUGAGCUUCCUUGCUUUUCAUGAUCUAAUGCUGACCACCAACGUUUACAUGUUUUUUGGAAAUACAUUUUGCUCUUUUUUCCCCACAAACCCCACAAUCCAAUAACAUAAUUGUCACAAAUUCACAAUUUUAUCUAUCUAUCUAUCUAUCUAUCUAUCUAUCUAUCUAUCUAUCUAAGGAUAUCUGGCUUCUGUUAUCAGGUGUAAUAUGUUUUUGGUGCUCUGAGUGACGCUGUUGGUUAAGGUGUGCAGUUUUAGAUGCUCAUUUUAGAUCCUCCUCUAGAAAAUAAUUUCAUGCAAAGGGGGAUUUCUCUUCACUUGGUGCGGUCUUUCGAUACAACAACCAACAAUGAAGGACUGCCUUUCAGUAUUAGCUUUUUAACACUACUAUAAUGUUUCUGAAUCGUGUGUAGCUUACAGUGGUUAUAAUAUGGGUUUUCUUUGUUCCCUCGAUGCCCGGAUAAGUGGCUCUCCUGUCCGCAUUUCAACAUGGCUGACAAUGCUUCUGGUUGGAUUUGCUUUUGUCAUGGCCGUUGCGCACGGGCAGGUCCGUUAUUCUAUUCCCGAGGAGAUGAACAAGGGAUCAGUGGUGGGAAAUAUCGUUCAGGAUCUCGGAUUGGAUGUAAAGAGACUGAAAUCUGGCCGAGCGCGGAUCUUUACGGAGGACAGUCGUGAGUACAUCGGUCUGAAUGUGGAUAAAGGCACUCUGAUAGUGAGAGAGAGGAUAGAUAGAGAGGAGCUGUGCGCUCAAGUGUCUCCAUGCUCUUUACAUUUUCAGAUUAUUCUAGAUAAUCCAGUGGAACUGCACCGAGUUGAUGUGGAAAUAUUUGAUAUCAAUGAUCAUGCCCCUGCUUUCGACAGAAAAGAAAUUAGUAUUGAAAUAAGGGAAUCUAUUGCCUCGGGUUCAAGGUUUUCGUUAGACAGUGCGCAUGAUCCCGAUGUUGGACUGAAUACACUGCAGAGAUACACUCUUAAUCCCACGGAUCAUUUCACAUUGAAAGAAUUAUCUCGUAACGAUGGCAGCAAAUAUGUUGAGAUGGUAUUAAAAACUCCUUUAGACAGAGAGCAACAAGAGGAGCAUAAAUUAAUUUUGACAGCAUUUGAUGGAGGAUCUCCUCAGAAAUCUGGAACAGUUAAGAUAACUGUCACUGUUCUUGAUGCAAACGACAAUUCUCCUGUGUUCAGUCAGCCAAUAUACCGAGUGUCUUUACAAGAAAAUAUUCCGAAAGAUAGUUUAGUAGUGACAGUCAGUGCUACUGACCUGGACAAAGGAUCUAAUAGUGAGGUUACCUAUUCAUUUUCACAAAGCACCGGAAAAGAGGCCAUGGAUUUGUUCAGCAUUGAUUCAGAUAAUGGAAAAAUAAAAGUGAAAGGUGUCAUAGACUUUGAAAAAUCCAAAGAAUAUGAAUUAAACGUGGAAGCGAUAGAUGAAGGUGGACAAACUGAUACCAGUAAGGUGCUAAUUGAAAUUAUUGAUGUUAAUGACAAUUCUCCUGUUAUCAAUGUUAUCUCAUUUUCCAACUCGAUUCCUGAAGAUUCUGCCCCGGAGACUGUUGUAGCGAUGUUGAAUAUUAAAGACAUUGACUCCGGGAAAAACGGCCAAAUUAAAUGCACAGUGAAUUCAGAUCUGCCAUUUCGCAUCAAAUCGACAUCCUCUAAUUUCUAUAGUUUAGUUACUGACCGUAUUUUAGAUCGUGAAAUGUUUUCUGAAUACAAUAUAACGAUCACAGCUACAGAUGAAGGAUCUCCAUCUUUAUCUACAAAUAAAACACUGAGGCUUAAAAUAUCUGAUGUGAACGACAACGCCCCUGUUUUCCAGCGUCACUCAUACACCGCUUAUGUGAUGGAAAAUAAUUCACCUGGAGUGUCUAUAUUUGCGGUGACAGCAACUGACAGAGACUCUGGUAAUAAUGCGCGCAUUUCUUAUUUUUUAGAAGAUCUUUCUGUGAACGGAGUUUCUGCUUCGUCUUAUAUUUCAGUUAACGCAGACAGCGGAGAGAUUCUUGCUAUUCGAUCUUUUGAUUUCGAGCAAACAAAAGAGUUCAAUAUUCGCGUAAAAGCGCAGGACGGAGGCAACCCGCCUCUCAGUAGCAACGUGAGUGUGAAAAUUAUUAUUCAGGACCAGAAUGACAACGCGCCUCAGAUUCUGUAUCCAGUACAAACUGGUGGCUCUGUGGUGGCUGAAAUGGUGCCUCGUUCAGCAGAUGUGGGCUAUCUUGUCACGAAAGUGGUGGCUGUGGAUGUGGACUCUGGACAGAAUGCCUGGCUCUCAUAUAAACUGCAGAAAGCGGCAGACAGGGCGCUGUUUGAAGUGAGCUUACAGAAUGGAGAAAUAAGAACUGUGCGCCAAGUCACCGAUAAAGAUGCUGUGAAACAGAAGCUCACUGUUGUAGUGGAGGACAACGGACAGCCCUCUCGUUCAGCUACAGUCAAUGUUAACGUGGCGGUGGCGGACACUUUCCCUGAAGUGCUCUCCGAGUUCACUGACUUUACGCACGACAAGGAAUACAACGAAAACCUGACAUUUUAUCUAGUCCUGGCCUUGACUGUAGUUUCAUUUCUCUUCAUCGUGUCCAUCAUAGCUAUACUGUCAGUGAAAUGCUACAGAUGGAGACGUGAGCGGAUGUUUUAUAAAUCCGGUGCCAAUCUGCCAGUUAUUCCGUAUUAUCCACCUCUUUACGCAGACGUCGGGGGAACAGGAACUUUACAGCAUAUGUACAAUUAUGAAGCUUACAGAACCACUGACUCUAGAAAGAGUGAUCUGAAAUACGCCAGACCUCCUACUGAGAGCAUCAUUAGCCUGGACAGCAGUGGAACUCAGACUCUUACGCAUGCGCAAAAAAUGAAAACUAGUGUUGACCAUGAUCAGGUGAGACCUCUUACUGCAGUGGAUCUUUCCAACAGGAUUUCUCUUCACUUUGGACUUUCUGUUGGUUAA